ACAGAUCACCGCCGGGAAUCGUCGGUAUGAUACGUAGUGGCGAGUACGAGAGGCAUUACGAGACGGACCCGAGAAUGGGUCGACGGCAAAGAAGGGUGUGCAGAGUCUUUGUUAACGCGACAUAAGAAUCAAGCUUCGUCGAUGCUGGAUCGAUGUCCCAUCGGACUCAGAGGUGAAGAAUCACAUAACGGGACGCCGUCGUGGCGAAUCGUAGUGUACCGACAGCUUAGCUAUGGCGCAUUCCAUGUGAGAUUGCAGGAGGCUGGAAGAGACUGGACGACGAGAAGGAAGAGGGGCCAGCAGGAUUUCGCCCACGGGGUCGGAGCGAGUUGCGUGGAGAAUCUGAGUCGCGUUGUGAACAUUGCAGAUCCUGAUGUAAAAGUCGCCUGUGUCACGAGCUCGGACCCCACGAACUAGUCUGCUCUAGUUCGAACGCCGAUGUUUCCACCAGCGCACGUAAAUCCCUCUCAUUAGGGCUUUGUGCGUCAGUGGGAAUUUUAUCCGAGGUGCCCCAAGUGUUUGAAACGUGUCGUCGUGUGUUCGGAGUCAAAGCUGAAGGCGUCCAAGGCUGUCAGAGCCCGUGGUCCAGAAUCUCGCUGCUCAGGAUCUUUCCACUAUUGAGUUUCUGUUCAGUGACAGAAUAUCUCCUUGUUGUUCGAGGUUUGAAGGCGCUUCGUCGCAGCUUUUCAUUUACGGCGUUCGUCGUACUUCUUUGCUGGGAGAUAGUUUUGACAUGUGAUUCGCGACUCUGCGUUGCCUGUGUUGCUCAGCAAUGCACGCCAUGGCCGAUGGUAGUGCUAUCCCGAGGCUUGUGCCCUUACUUUCACACCGGAGUACGUGCGAGAAACCAAUGGAAGGACGACGGACCUGGAGGAGCUGCAUGCUGGUGGCGUUGCUCGCCGUGAACGUUGCGCUCGUUUUGAUAUUGGCUUCCUUCUAUGGUGACAAGUGGGCUACGCCUGGAAUCCACAAACUGGUCGCUCCACAAUGGGCUGAGGCUAUCCAGACGGCAGAAUUGGCAGCCUCGAAAUGAUACUCUGGUAACGGCAAUGUGUUCGUGGAUAUCGUGGAUGUCAACGAUGGUGGAACUGCUGCGUGCGAAUGCAAUGACUGCUUCACUGGCCCGGAUUGUUCUACCCCUGUUCGAGAAUGUCGUGCCGACAGCGACAGUGGAGACCCUCUUCUGUUCGAAGCCUACUGGAGAGCAAAUCCGAAUUUGGGCACGGUGGUGAUUCCAGGCUGGUAUCGAAUGAGCUACUUAACCCGAGACAAUGCUGCAAUUCUCUACACUGAUGCACUUCUCAGAACCAUCAGGGAUCUCCAUGGCAUGGUUGGAAAUGCUGUCACGAAGGAUCGCUACAUUGUGGUAGGAACUGGGUCGAUGCAACUCAUUAAUGCAGUUGUUCACAGCCUCGCCCUUCUGAACUCUGACAGGGUCUCCUCUGUUGUGGCUAAGGCUCCUUACUAUUCGGCUUAUAAGGUGCAGACAGAGUACCUCGAUUCACCCCUUUUCAAUUUCGCCCGAGAUCCUGCCCGUUUUACCGGGAAUGCGACAGGUCGAGGUGCUCAGAUUGAGCUUAUUGCGUCUCCGAAUAAUCCAGAUGCACAGAUUCAGGAAGUGCCACAAAACAUCAGUGAACAUGUAAUAUAUGACCAUGCGUACAAUUGGCCUCACCUUUCUCCAAUCACGAAGGCUUCUGACCAUGAUAUUAUGCUCUUCACCUUGUCGAAAAUAACAGGACAUGCUGGGAGCCGAAUAGGGUGGGCAAUCAUCAAGGAUUAUAACCUGUAUCGAACAGUGCAAUGGUAUGUGGUACUUAACACGUUAGGAGUGUCGCAUGAGUCACAACUAAGAGCAACACAGCUCAUCCGCACCAUCAUAAAAAGUUAUUCCGAAGGCAUUCGAAAUGAAAAAGGACUCUUCCAUUAUGGCCGUGAGGUCUUGGAGUCUCGCUGGGCUACGAUACAAUCCAUCCUCAAAAACUCUUCUCGCUUCUCUCUGCAGGAGUUGAAGCCUGAUUACUGCUUCUUCUUUGCUCAAAUCGUGGAUCCUUCUCCAGGUCACGCAUGGAUUCGCUGUAACUAUGAAGAAGAUGUGGAUUGUGCUGCUGUGAUGCUGUCCGCUGGUAUUAUUGGUCGUAAAUUUGGUUCAGGCAAUCGCUUCGUGCGAUUGUCUCUGCUCAAGCGCCGGUCGCAUUUCGAGAUUUUGACUGCUCGGCUAACCAAACUCGUUGCUCAAACAUCAUCUUCUACCUAAAUCCAGAGAUCCUCCCCCGUUUUGGCCAACGGAUUCAUAGCAUCACUUUUUAUCUUGAACGUCGUCAUUUGUUAUUUUUCCAUGCUUUUGUCUAGUUUGUUUAAGUCGAAGCGGGGAGGCAAAAUGUCAAUUGUUGUUGACACCCAUGCACCCUAUUAGCUGGUUAUACCUACAUGUCAAUUUUUCGUUGACGCCCUAAAGCGUGCACACCUCAUGCACGCUACACGGAAGCAGGUAGGUUUAUAAUCUUCGUUAAAUAAUUCCACUGUAAUUUUAAUGUACCCAAGAGUGACUGGUAGUCCAGUGAUGGUCAAAUCAAUUUCCCUCAACGACUUGGUAAACGUGAGGGGGAUGGGUGUACAAUUGCAGCUGAACUUGUCUGCUGCUUUGUGCCUAUGCAAGCAGUCGGAGCCAUUUGGUUUGUGAGGACCAGACUCUCAAAUUGAUAUUCAAUCCAAUAAUGAGAACCAUAUCCAGGUUCAUGAUACUGUAAUGCGUACCAUCUUCUGCUUAGAUUCUAGAUGGAUUAGCCCCCCAUUUUCUGCCUGGUAAGAAUUUGACUUUUUAAUGGGCCAUGGACCCUAAUAUGCUCGUAUCAUUCUAUAGAGCUGAAUAAAAGUGUGCAUACUGUAACAGAAAAUAAAGCAUUUUCCCUGAGGUA